AUGGAAAUUUACAUACGCGUCUCGUCAGGGCAAAGACGUCCAGAAUAUAUAUUCAAACUAAUGAGCGAUUCAGUAUCAAGGCAAAUCUUUGGUGAAGGUCUCGGGUUGAAAAGAGCAUCCGCCUCUUUCCAUCAAGCUCUACUCCCCAUUCUAGCAUCUAAUUCAAUUAUGUUCUUAUUCAACUCAGAAAUCUGCUUAUUUAUGAUGUUUGGUUUGUCCUUUUUGCAGUGCGAGAUUCUAGGUUUAGUUGUCAACAGCGACUGAAGGAGUCAGCCAGAAAGGGCUACCUGACGAAACUGAAGUAG